AAGUGGUUGGGCUUGGCUACGUUUGUGGUGCAGCUGCGUUGAACGUUAACACCAACGCCAACCCCAGGGGAGACUGCCAGGCCUACGUGGAGCUGAACGAGCUGAUGAAUGACCAGCAGAACCAGCAGGGCUUCUGGCAGGAGACGGGCCGAUGGGUGGGCCAUGAGGAGAGCUACGACCCCGAGGCCGGGGGUUGGGGACCCUCACACAUCUCCUACCUCACCUUCAAGAGCCUCAUCCAGCUGCGCCGCACCAUGAACACAGGUGUGGUGAUGCUAGACCGGGUGGAGCGCAYUCUCUCCGACAUCGCUGAGAAGAUAGUGGACGAGUUGAUCAGCAAGAAAGAGAUCAGGCCCAYCGAUCGGGAUGGGGUGCUCCGUUCCCUGCUCCAAAACCGCAGCCAAACCGCAGUAGAGAGCCAACCCUUGGUCGUGGGGGUGGAGAUGCAGACAUUUUCUGUCAAAGAGAGGGUACGUAGAUGCACUGACACUGUAGAGGCCUCUAUGGUGCUUGUUGGAGCUCUGGACUUCCUGGAGAGGCCCACYGUGGCAUUUGUGCGUCUGAAGGAGGCUCUGGUUCUGGAUUCGGCCCUGGAGGCCCCAGUGCCAGUCCGCUUCGUCUUUAUCCUGGUGGGCCCRACCAAGAGUGACAUGGACUACCACGAAACCGGCCGCGCAAUGGCAGCACUCAUGGCCGACAAAGUGUUCAACCAGGCGGCGUUCCAAGCMCAGGGCGAACGGGAGCUGAUGGACGCCGUGGCUGACUUCAUGGACUGCAGCAUCGUGAUCCCUCCCACGGAGAUCCAGGACGGGGCGAUGCUCCAGUCCAUCAUCGGCUUCCAGAAGAAACUGCUGCAGGAGAGGCUCCGUCCCUCCGACCCCGUGUUACGUCUGGACUUGAAGCCCCGCAAAUCUUCCAAACCAUCUGGGCCUGCUCCUGAGGAUCCUCUGGUUCGUACGGGUCGGCCGUUCGGCGGGAUGAUACGAGAUGCGAAGAGACGCUACGAGCACUAUGUGAGUGACUUCACCGAUGCCCUCAACGCUCAAGUUCUCGCCGCUAUCAUCUUCAUCUACUUCGCUGCCCUGUCCCCUGCCGUCACCUUCGGAGGAUUGCUAGCUGAUAAGGUGGACAACAUGAUGGGUGUGUCUGAGCUCCUGGUCUCCACCUGUGUCCAGGGAGUCAUUUUCUGCUGCAUCGCAGCCCAGCCAGUCCUGGUCAUCGGCUURUCAGGCCCACUUCUYGUGUUUGAGGAGGCRUUCUUUGCCUUCUGUAAGUCUCAGGACAUUGAGUACAUUGUGGGGCGUGUGUGGGUGGGCGUGUGGCUGGUGGUCAUCGUGGUGGUCAUCGUGGCGUUCGAGGGCAGUUUCUUGGUCCGCUUCAUCUCCCGCUUCACCCAGGAGAUCUUCUCCAUCCUUAUCUCCCUCAUCUUCAUCUAUGAGACCUUCGCCAAGCUGGGCAGGAUUUUCAAGGCCCACCCAUUGAUCCUGAACUACGACCACCUCAACAACACGGUGGAGGACCCAUGGCACCCAGUGGUGAUCCACAACCACCUGUAUGACAACAGCUCGGGCAACACCACCACCACAGUCAACAUCCUGGACCGGGCCUACCCCAACACGGCCCUGCUCUCCAUGUGCCUCAUGUUUGGAUGCUUCUUAAUCGCCUUCUUCCUGCGCCAGUUCAAGAACGGGACCUUCCUACCUGGAAAGAUCAGGCGCUUGAUUGGGGACUUUGGYGUGCCCAUUGCUAUUUUCUUAAUGUGUGUUGUGGACAUCAACAUAGAGGAUGCGUACACCCAGAAACUGGCAGUACCCAAGGGUCUGACGGUGUCAAACCCUGCUGCCAGAGGUUGGCUCAUCAACCCGUUUGGCGAACACAAGACUUUCCCCGUGUGGGUCAUGUUCGCUUGCUGUGUGCCCGCUUGUCUCGUCUUCAUCCUCAUCUUCCUCGAGUCCCAGAUCACCACUCUGAUUGUGAGUAAGCCGGAGAGGAAGAUGGUCAAGGGAUCCGGCUUCCAUCUGGACCUCCUCAUCCUGGUGGGCAUGGGCGGGUUUGGUGCCAUUUUUGGCGUGCCGUGGCUGAGUGCCACCACCGUGCGUUCGGUUACCCACGCCAACGCCCUCACCGUCAUGAGCAAGGGGCCCAAGCCGGAGAUCGAGAAGGUUGUGGAGCAGAGGGUCAGUGGGAUUCUGGUGGCUCUGCUCGUCGGUCUGUCCAUUCUCAUGGAGCCCAUCCUGAAGAUGAUUCCGAUGACGGCUCUGUUCGGGAUCUUCCUCUACAUGGGAAUCACCUCGCUCAACGGGAUCCAGUUGUGGGAUCGCAUUCUGCUCCUGCUCGUCCCCAAGAAAUACCACCCCAACGAGCCCUACGCCACCAGGGUGUCAACGGGCAGGAUGCACCUAUACACAGCCAUCCAGGUGGUGUGUCUUGCAGUGCUGUGGAUCGUCAAGUCCAGCCCGGCCUCCCUGGCCCUGCCUUUCGUUCUCAUCCUCACUAUCCCCCUCCGCAUGGCCAUGACCGGACGCUUCUUCACCGAACUGGAGAUGAAAUGUUUGGACGCCGACGACGCUAAGGUGACAUUUGAGGAGGAACCUGGACAGGAUGUCUACAAUGAAACUCAGAUGCCAUUGUAGACAUCUGGACCCGCCAUUUUUAUCCAAAAGCCCUUUAUUUUAUUUAUCUGACAUGACAAAGUAUUUUAAUAGGAUUCUUGUUUUUGUCCACUACCGUAUGAACUGACAAAUAUAUKUUUUGGACUGUUUUUAAACCAUCAUGAAGCCCAAAUAGUAGGUUAUGACCCUUAGAUUUCAAAUAUAAGAAAUUGUCAGUAAAAMAAAAUUAUUUUUUAAAGAGUUGAAUAUACCUUCUGUAUAUUUGCCUAUUUCUUUCCAGUCAAACAUUCCUGCAGCCAUAUAUGUGUGUAUUUAUGCAGCAAACAGCUCUCCCCGUCAUAAUAAUACUUUGGCCUAUGAUAGUGUGUUAAUUUCAUAUUGCCCUAUUGACUUUCCACCUUUGUAAGGCCUUUAAAAAGGUUUUGACUUAGAACUAUUAUCUUGCAAAAAAAAUGUACAAGAAGGCUUCAUUCCAUAUAAGAAUGAUGUUUUGCACGUCUGCCCACUAUUAUGGUAUUUUUUAACAGUUGAGCUGAAAAGCAGACCGCUGUAGACUGAGGCCAUAUCAGUGUCAAUAUCUUUCACAUUGUUAAGGAGUUUUAUCCAUGAAUUACAAACCUACCAUAUGACUGAAGAAGCAAAAUCACUCAAACUUGCCUUUCGGAUAACUUUUAGGUAUUGUUUUACGUAUUGAUAUGAAAUACCAUGGAGAUGGGAUAAAUUCUUAAAAUGCUUUUAUUUUAAUUUAAGCACCUGGGGAUUGUGGAAUGUGAUUGAUUUAAAUAUUGUAUAAGAGAGAUUUGAACAAUAGAGCUCGCAAGCUUGUAGUCCUAAAAAUAGAAAUUAGUAACCUCUGGUUUGUUUAGCCAUUCCUAUGGGGAAAAUUAAUGGGGAAAGAAUGUUUUGGGAUAAAUUUUGAAAAAAAGUUUGAGGAGAUCUUAUAAGUUUUGUUCUAUGAGAUAAUAUCAGUCAGUUAGCAUGACCUUUAUGAAUUAUGAAGCCUUUAUGUGCUGUAUGUGCUUGUUUUGAUUACAUAAAUGCUUCGACAUUCACAAAAAAUUACGUUAGCGGAUGAAGAUUAUCUCAUAGAACAAACGUUAAGAUCUCCUAAACCUGUGUUUGCUACAGACCUUAUUUUCAGCGUUUAUCCAAAACCCCUCUAAAAUAACCAUUCAUUUUCGCAUAGGCUUUGGCAAACGAAAUGUGGUGGUUAGUGCCUAUAGAAAGACACCAUUACUAUUAUCUAUAUGUACAUACAUCAAAGCUAAAAUCAUAAAUUAAAAGUAUAUUUGAAGAGAGGAUGGAGGGAUGCAUAGGGGUGUGUUUAAUUGAACUUUUUAUUGAUAGGUCUGACAGUGUUUCUUUGUUGUUGUGAUCUCUUCUCAACAUCAAUUAAAUGCUU